CUACCGUUCAACGCCGGUGAGAAAAGACGAAGACUCGCCGGUAAACCACUUUCAAACAGUAACCGUUACAUUAAUCAAUUUUUCCCUAUCUUCCCAUGGAUUCUCCUCGUCACAGAUUCUCAGGUUCUUUAUAUAAAUCCUUUAAAAUCUCUAGGGUUUCUUCAAUUCAAUUCUCACCCUUUUCAUUGACUCCUUACAAUUUUUUUCUCUUAACUCUAGAAUCAUCGAAAUGGAUUCAGCUCCUUCUCCAUCAUCUCUGGACUUUGAAUUAUCUCCUCCGGUAUUGGUUACAAUGACUUCAACCUCAUCUUCGGCUUCUGAUAACGUCGAAGGAGCUGAUGAUGAUGCUAAUACUCAUGGGAUUUUCAAUUGGAGAGAUUUUUCCUCUUGUUGGAGAGUUUCAGAGUCGAACUUGUACUGCUUCAGUUUAGCUCUUCUUAUCUGGUUCUUUGCUUCGUUUAUUCUGAUUGAGAAUCUUUACGGACCAAAAAAUGUCUGGCUUGGACCCAGUUCGUCAAUUCUUGUUGAACCAAGCUCUAUUUUUGUCAAAAGCAUUAAGGUUAAAGUGCUUGAUUACUCAGAACCAGGGCUUCAGCUUUAUGGGUUCUAUAGAACUCCUGCUCUGGAUUGUUUUGUCAACUGGUCUGAAUCCCGAGUGUUAUCUAUCUCACAUGAAUCUUACAAGGGAUGGCCAUAUUAUCUCAACAGUGGGUCAUUGUUGAAUAUUACAUAUACCGUUAAACCACAAGGUUCUGCGGUUCAGCUUGUGGUCGAUGAAGGACAUCAAGGCGUUCCUCAGUCGGUUUUGAACGACCCUGCAUAUCGUUACAAUGUUUGGUCGUGGAAUCUAAUUGAAGGGAGUGGUAUGAUUCAAUUGGAGAUAAGAAAGUCUUCAAGUUAUUAUCUUGCUGUAGCUAACUUGAAGAGCAAGGACGUAGAGGUGGAACUGAAUAUUGAUGUGAAGGCUGUCUUGUAUGAUACUAAACAAUCAUUCUACAACUGUAACUUCAGCAAUGGCGAGUGCACAUUCAAUGCAAUGUCCCUUGUUGGAAAUUCUGUUGUCGUAACUUCACCAGCAGCGAGUCAGGGAGUAUCCAUUGAAGAUGAAUGGUAUAUCAGGUUCUCAUAUCAACCUAGAGAAAUUGCAUAUGUAAUCGGCACAGGUGUGGUGAUUUGCUUCAUGUUGGUAGCUAUACAGUUCUGCAACAGGUUUCAGUGCAGUGGUGGAGAGGGACAUCUAACCGAGGAUGAUUCAGCGAGAACACGUCUACUUGCAGACAAAGAUGACGAUGGUUCAAGCAUGGGUUCGUGUGACGAUUCUUAUGCAAACGAUGAUGCUGACUUAGAAGAGUUUAUGGGAAAUGAUGGUGAAGCAAGUAACCGAAGUAGACGUCUCUGUGCCAUUUGUUUUGAUGUUCCAAGAGAUUGCUUUUUCCUCCCUUGUGGUCAUUCCGUCUCCUGUUAUGAAUGCGGAACAACGAUGCAAGAAGCUGAUGGGAGUUGUCCAAUAUGUCGAAGGAAAAUGAAGAAAGUGAAGCGAAUCUAUACAGUGUAAGAUGAAUCAAAUAUAAAUCUCUGACAUAAUGUUGAAUCUAUAGAGCAUUAAUAAAAGUUAUAUUGGUAUUGCCAAGGCUCAUUUCUUUCUUUGCAUAACUAUUUCAUUUCGUCCCUGACCAUCUUUGUGAUAACACUCAUUGUUUGUCGACUCACAUUCCGAAAUGGGAUCGAAACCCUGAACCGGUAAGUCCAGUGUUGGUGCGUGGACUAAAUGAGUUGGUACUUCUUGAUGACUUUGGAAUAUGCGUAAAGGUGGGAUUGCAAAGUCCAAAUCUAUCUCCACCUCCAACACACAACCAUCUCCAAUGCACAAAUUUCUGUAUCUUUGUUGGUGAUCCAACUUAUUAUUUUUGUUCUUUAUUGAUUUCUCCCACGGUUCUUAUCUUCUUCUUCCUUUUUUAUUGUGGUUAUUGUUCAAGCUCAAAGAAAUUCAAGCAUGUAUCAUAACAUUUUUGUUAGUUGACAUGG